AUGGAUACGCCGCGGAGGCGCAGCCGGCGGCUGGAAGGCCCAAAGCCUGAGUCCCCCGGGAACCCCACCUCAGUUGUGCGGGCCAGACGGGCCCUUGUGGAGCUCGAGUCGAACCCAGAAGAAAAGAGGGAGCCCGGGUCUCCUCGGAGGGUGCGGCCACCCAGCCUGGGGUCUCCCAGACAUCAGCCGGAGACAAGCCCGAGAUCACCCAGUCUACAGGACGGGGGAGGCUUGGGGUCCCCCCGACAGCGGCCAGAGCCGGGCCCAGGGUCCCCCCAGCGUCAGCGAGACCCAGGCCUGGAGUCGCCCCAAAGACAGCCGGAGCCGAGUGCUGAAUCCCUCCGACCGCAGCUAAAGCCAAGUGGGGAGUCGCCGAAAUUUUCCCAGGACCAAGAAGAAGCGGACUCGGAGUUGCCCAAGAGUAAGGAGGAGGCCCCCGCGGGGUCCCCCCGACAUCGGCUGCCGCCGGGCCCGGGUCGCCAGAGUCCUACCCGGGUCCCGAGCCCGCUCAGCCGCUGCAGGGCUGACACCCCAGCGCCCGGCUUCCCCCGGGAUCUGCGUGAGCCGAGGAAGCCACCGCCGGCCGAGCAGCCGGAGAGAGACGGCCUCGGGCCAGAGAAGCGAGAAGGCUCUUCAGCCCAGGCCCCAGCGUCCAAGACACCGAAGGAGGAGGACGUCCCUAAAGUCCCGACGGGGAAGCCCAGGUCCGGGAGGGUGCGGAAGAACCGCUCAAAGAAGAGCGUCUCCCAGAUGGUCCUGCGCACAUCCUGGCAGCGGAAGAUGCAAGACGGGCAGGAGAUAGAGCUGGCAAGGACUUGGCCCGGCACCUGGAGGAGGAGAAGGAAGCGGCGGCGCCGCGCCGAGAACCCGCAACGCCGCCCGGAGAAUGAGCGGAAGGCGGAGAUCGUCCAAGCGACCCGGAGUCCCGCCAGGCGCAAGCGGGCGAAGAGGCAGCCGCUGCGCUCCGCGGAGAAGCCGGACGCUGGCCCAGCUGCAGAAGCUCCGGGCUCCGGAUGGCCGAGGCCUUCUGUGGCCAACCGCCGUGUCACACACGGCAGCCCUUGGGCCACUGGCCACACGCCUCUGCUGACCCAGGACUCCAACUCCGUGGCUCCAAAACAGGGGCUCCACCCGAAACGGGGCUCUGAGCCUUCCAAAGGGCUCACAGGCAGGUCUCUGUGGCACAGAGACGCAGAGGUAGCCUGGGACCUGUCAGAGACUGCAGGGAGGAGGGUCAGCUCACUCCUCUCCAAGUGCCUUCAAACCAUGAAGAGUAAUUUCUGGUUCCUCAGGGAGCUGUGA